AUGAAUCCGUCCUUACAUGUAUUGCUGUCAAUGUGUCUCGUUUUAAUACCAGUCUCGUCAAGAAUCUUACUUCAACAGAACUGUAAUGACGAAAGGAUAAAGCAUGUAUUUACAAAAAUAGACUACCUUUGGCCUAACAGCACAGCACGGGAACUUGCACUUGGAAACGAACACUACAUCCCGCACAACAACAUCAUAAGUGGAAUGAAGACUUAUCGCAACGACGUUUACGUCACUGUUCCAAGAUGGCGGCGAGGCGUCCCUUCAACGCUCAAUAAAAUCGUUGCUAGGAACGGAACGUCGAUUCUUCAACCAUUUCCUAGCUGGGAGAUGCAGAAGAUAGGAGAUUGCCGCGCCCUUCAAUAUGUCCAGAGUAUGGAGAUAGACCCAAACACUGGCUGGAUGUGGAUCAUCGAUACCGGCAGAAUCAACUUUUUCGCCGCUGAUGGAACAGCCGCGCAAAAUCUCUGUCCUGCCAAAAUUGUGAUAUAUGACAUUAACAAAAUGGCAGAAAUUACCCGCCACGAGUUCCCCAAUCAUGUAGCAGAUCGUAACAUCACAUUCCUAAAUGACAUCGUCGUUAUGUACACAGGAUCGCGUCCAAGAUACGCCUUCAUCUCGGACACCCUUGCAUUCCGGAUGGUUGUGUACGAUAGGAUUCGUAACAGAUCACACUUCUUCUCCCAUCCGUCCAUGUUACCCGAGCCAGGCAAUGGAAACAUCACCAUACUGGGAGAAACCCUACCCGUGUCCGCCGGUAUAAAUGGAAUGGCAUUGUCCUCGGACAUGAGGUACAUUUAUUUUGGUCCUCUCUCAGGUUACAGUUUGUAUCAAGUCUCCUCAAGCGUUGCACGAAAGCCAUAUGGAAACUUUGCGAGAUCUGUUCGGAAGGUCGGUGACAAGCCGUCACAAUCAGAAGGAAUGGUGUACAGUAGAAGUAACAUCUUGUAUUUCUCCGUUCUCGGUUUGAAUGCGAUAUACCAAUGGGAUAUUGGUCGAGAUAAAAAGAUGCAACUGAGGUCCGCCAAAACAGUGAGGAUGAAAUCUAUUUCUAAGAUAUUAUCCAGCAACACGUGCAUGAACUUUAUCGAUAAUUUGACAUUCGAUCUCGAGGGAUACCUCUGGUUUACUGUUAAUAAACUCCAUAAGUACCUGCUGAAUACCAUGGAUUUUACCGGAUAUGAUGGUCCUAACGUGAUGAUCUGGAAAGUUUACAUUGGUGACCUCGGGUACCUAGGCCGCAGAAGAAACGUAUAUUAA